CUAUAUAUACUGGAGUGAGUCUUAUUCAAACAACCAGAAGCUCACACACUUCAUUGACUACCACAGUUUAUAAGAUACUACUGAGUGAUCAUUGACUGCAUGUGACUGGAAUGGGUAUUAUAAUUUAUUGCAUUACAAGUUUGCUGUUACUUUCAAAGGUUUGCCAGAGCGUUCCAAUCGACACGCCUGGCUUAAGGUGUGACCAGCCGGCAGACAUCAUCUUUGUGGUGGACACCUCAUCGUCCAUAUGGCCGGAGGAUUUCAACAACCACGUAAAGACAUUCCUUAAGGAGAUCAUCUCUUCCUUUAACAUCGGUCAAGGGCCGCUAGAUUCCAGAGUCGGAGUCCUUUUGUUUGGGAAUGCAGAGUACCUACAGUUUUAUCUAAACAAACACAAGACUGUUAACGACACACUGAAAGCAAUUGAUGCUAUCAGAUACAGAGGAGGGGAUACCUACACCCACAGAGCCCUGGAGUAUACCGCAAAGUGGAUGCUGAACCCUAUCUACGGAGCGAGACCAGACGUGGCCAAGAUCGUCAUUGUCCUGACCGAUGGAAAGUCUGUCAACACCAAAAAAACCUUGGCGGCGGCACAAGUUAUUAAGGACAAAGGUGUUGAUAUUUUUGCUGUUGGCGUCGGAAGGGGCGUAGACUAUAAGGAACUUAACGGCAUGGCCACCGCUCCCAAUCAGCAUUACGUCUUUCAAGUCACAGAUUUUGGAGGCUUGAGCAGCAUCAAGAAGAGUUUCACGAAGACUACUUGUGAAGCUUUGUCAACAACAGCGAAAACAACCAUUUCAACAACAACCCCCACAACCACUACUACGACAACCAGCACGACCCCAACUACUACCACCACAACGCCAUCGACGACAACUACAACAACAACUACUACAACCACACCAACUACUACAUCCACUCCGACUACUACAACCACAACCCCGACUACCACAACGACUUCAACACCAAGCACCACAAGCACCACCACAAGUACUACUUUAACUACGUCCACUAGUACCAGCACAACAACGGACUAUCCAAAAGAUGAAGCUUGUCAAGGUAAAGCAGCUGACAUCUACUUCCUGCUGGACUCCUCUUCGUCGGUCUGGAUCGUCCAUUUCAACGAUCAAGUUCUCCCUUUCGUCAGAGAUCUCGUCUCGUCCUUCCACAUCUCGCCUCUUCACACGAGAAUAGGAUUGGUCACGUUUUCCGACAAAAUAAAUCCAGAAUUCAAUCUGUCUGCAUUCUCUGACCGGAAGUCACUUCUAGCUUCAAUUCAGCCUGAGCAUGUUGAAUACUUGAGUGGUCAGACCAACACAGGGGAAGCAAUCAAGUACGUAACUGAUAUCGGGUUCGGUCCCUCUGAAGUCAGGGAAGGAGUCACUAAGAUCAUUAUUACUGUGACCGACGGGCAGUCUCAGAUCCCCGAGUUUACUGCCAAUGCUGCUGCUGAGGCCAAGAAGAAGGGUGUCAUAAUGUUUGCGGUAGGUGUUGGCAAGCUUGUCGACGAAAUGGAGCUGACGGCCAUCUCCAGUGACCCGGAUAAGGACUUUGUCUUCCACGUAGACAACUUUAACGCACUGUCUUCCAUAACUGAACUGAUCGCUAGCAGAACUUGUGACUCGAUAGGCAAGGAAUACCCUCAUGACUCUAAACAAUGUUCUGAAGCUCCCAGCAACAUUGUAUUCGUGUACGAAUAUUUCCCCUCGGUUUCAAUGUCGAAGAUCAUUCUGGACGACCUCGUCAGCAAGUUCUCACAGGAAGUUAGCUACGUUUCUACUGAAGUCAAGAUUGGAACUCUAACCCAGCCCUGUAUCGGGGAAGGCGUGUCCCUUUUGGGAAUAAAAAAAUUCCGACAAGCUCUUGCUGCCGUGCGUGAAGGCUACGACACUGGUUAUUCCGGACUGAUGAGCAGGCUUAGAGGCGAAGUGUUCCUCAAAGUUUCCAGAGAGACCAGGAAUGUGGCUGUAUUAGUCAUCACUCCAGCCAUUAGCGACUGGGAGUCUGUUGCCUUGCAAGCUAAACAGCUGAAAGAUAUGGGAGUGACCAUAUUUUUAGUAGUUAUUGGUGACAUCAAACAGAAAAUGCUUGAAAACUUGGCGUCUGCUCCAGUAGAAGAUCACGUGAUCAAAGUCAAACAUUACAAUCAACUGAAAUAUGCUACUUUGGAUGUUUCAAAUAUCGUAUGCGGUAUACCGGAAAUCCAAAAGCCUAUCAUUGCAGGUUCAAAAGACUCACCAAAGGGAUCCGUCUCGUCACUGAAAGUAGAAAUAUCUUCAGAAAAUAAUAAGAUAGAUGUUACAACAGUCAAAGUCAAUACAGACAACAAAGUUGGCAUUAACUUGAGUAAUGACCUAUCAACUAGCUCUCUCGAUCACGACUAUGCUUAUGUUGAACCGAACUAAUUGUGUAGAAGGUCAAUACAAACAAAAGCCAUUCCUUUUCCUUUGUUCUUACAAUUGUUUUUUUUUUUACAUUUUAAAACAAUUUCUAAAACAAUGUCUAUGUCUAGUCUGCAAAUUUUUAAACACUGUCUGAAAAAUGCGAAAUACUGCGUGAUGUUAGAAAGUGUGUGAUAGAUGCAAGAUACUGUGGGAAGGAUAUUUGCCUCUGAUUGAUAAUUACCAAUGUUCUGUCGGUUGUGAGAAAUAAUGAACACAUUCUAUACAUGUGUAAGGCUGGGCCUAUACUUAUUACAUGUUUACACUUGCCCUAGCUAUUUAUGGAGAAUGCCACUGGAUGGCUAAGGAUACAAAACAUUUUUUACAUAAUGCUAUGAUAUUCUUAAUUAUUUGCUGAUUAACAAAUUUUUCUUCAGUACAUAUUCCAGAAUUAUACAGAUUUCUGUUUUAUGUUUUUAUAUUUAAUAAAAUUAUUUCUAUGUACAUUAAUUAUUUUCUUUAUACAUUAAACAUUUUUUUUUUGGAGAUUUUAUGCUCAAAAAGUUAAUAAACUUACUUGAAACUAGAA